GAGAGAGGGCCUUCUUCUACUUGUUCCCUUGUUCCGCUCCGGCCGGCAGCUCUCCACCACCGCGAUCUGUCGUCCUCCAUCUGCGGCGGCGAUGGCGCUCUCCUCCUCCCGGCCGCACCACCUCCUGCGCCCACUCCUCCGCGGCUUCCACGCCUCCGCGCAGGUUCUGUCGCGGGCGGAGCCGCACGAGUUCUCCAAGCCUAGCGGGUACCUGGGCAGCUGGGAGUCCGCUGGGGAGCCCCGGCAGGCGUGGGCGCAGCUAGACCGGCUGCGCAAGGGGUACGCGCGCGACGUGCGGCAGCUGCGGCGGCAGUACGCCUACGAAGUGCAGCUGAUGGAGGCCGAGCGGCAGCGGAAGGCAGAGGCGCGCGCCGAGGCCGCCCGCGUCGCCAACGAGGAGCGCAAGGCAGCCAAGGCCGCCGCCGCGCAGACGCGCGCGGCCGAGCGGCGCGCGUUCGAGGAGGACUUCCGCCAGGCCCUUAUGAAAGAAAGGGCUGAGAAGCUGGAGAGCUGGCGGAAAAAGGAGAAGCUCCAGGAGCAGAAGAAGGCGGAGCACAAGGAGCUCCUGCACAAGAAGAGCAGUGUGUGGCUUACUGAAGAUAAACUUGAAGAUCAAAUACUUGAUGCUAUCAAGAAUACCACUCCUCUAUAAGGUUGCUGUGAGGAAGCCAAUAGCUGCAUGCGAAUCAAGAGGAGGACUAGAUUAUACCCAGCAACCAGACUAGGCCAUAAGAAUCAGUUUGGGUUUGAGAUGUAAUGUUAUAUGUUUGUUAAUUUGACUGGAUCGCAUCAAGCUGCUUGGAGAGAUGGCUUUCCUCAAUUCUUCACUGAGCAGAAAUUAUUUAGCUGGCUGCACUCAGAACUGCUGCUGUUCAAAGUUUGCUGCCCUCCUUUUCUUGUGGAUUAGGGAUAAUGAUUCGCCAUUUGUUCUGGUUUGCAUAAACUCUUGGCACGAUCUGGAAGAACAGGACGUUGCUGUCGAGUCAUAUGAUUUCCCUUUGGCAGUA